AUGGAGCUAGGCAAUGGCUUUGGAGAGCACAACCCAAUUUCCACAUUCGGAAUGGAGCUGCCUUCUGUGAGUCCAAAGCUAUUUUGGACAUUUCUGCUCCAUGCAACGCUCUUCCCGUGUCUGAUCCAACGGUGCAGAUUUUCCAACGUCCCAGCCAACGAAACCGAUCGACUGGCUCUUCUCGCCUUCAAGGACCGAAUAACCAAUGAUCCUCUCAACGCCAUGAGCUCGUGGAACGAUUCUCUUCAUUUCUGCAAUUGGCGCGGAAUCAGGUGCAGUCUCAGCGAUCAGAGGGUCACCGUCCUCGACCUAACGUCCCUCAAAUUGGAAGGUUCUAUUCCUCCCCAUGUAGGAAAUCUCACCUUCCUCAACGCAAUCCACCUCGGAGACAACAGCUUCCGCCGCGAAAUCCCACAAGAAAUAGGACACCUCGUCCGCCUUCAGUUUCUGAAUCUCAGUUACAAUUCGUUUGCAGGAAAAAUCCCAUCCAAUCUGACCUACUGUUCGGACCUCCAAGUUAUCGAUUUAAAUUUCAAUGAGCUCGUAGGUGAUAUUCCUGUCCAGCUUAGCUCUUUAUCGAAGCUCCGUCAGUUAUCUCUUUCUGUCAACAAUCUGUUCGGAAGCAUCCCACCUUGGCUAGGAAACCUUUCAUCUCUCACUCGUCUUUCUAUAAGAAGACUUAACUUACAGGGAACCAUCCCUGCUGAUUUAGGCCGCAUCCCAAAUUUAGGAUUCCUCCAGAUAGCUGAAAACAAUCUGACUGGCACAAUCCCUUCAGCUAUUUACAAUCUCUCUGCACUAUUUAUAUUGUCGGUUGCAGCAAAUCGACUUCAUGGAAUCCUUCCACCUGACUUAGGCUCACGUCUUCCUAAUCUCGAGGGUUUUUAUGUGUCGAGAAACUGGUUUACCGGACCCAUUCCUGUUUCACUAGCCAAUGCUUCAUUCUUUAAAGAGCUCUAUCUCCCCAACAACGAUUUCACUGGAGGGGUGCCUAUGAAUCUUGGCAGUCUUCAAUAUCUUAAUAUACUCUUCAUCAGCGGUAAUCGGCUUGGAAUGGGGAAAGAAGAUGACUUAAAUUUCAUCAAUUCCCUGCCCAACUGCAGCAGCUUGGAACAGUUUGGAUUUGAUAACAACAGUUUCAAAGGCAUGUUGCCCAAUUCCAUAGCCAAUCUAUCGACCCGACUCAAUCAGCUGGUGAUAGGAUUCAACGACUUGUAUGGAAGCAUCCCUGAAGGAAUUGGGAAUCUUGUGGGCUUGACCCAAUUGAAUCUGGAUCAUAACAAUUUCACAGGUACCAUUCCUGUUAGUAUUGGAAAGCUUCAUAAGCUGCAAAUUUUAGACUUGUCAGGAAACAGAUUUUCUGGGCAAAUUCCAUCAUCCAUGGGCAACUUCACUGAGCUGAAUAAACUUCACUUGCAAGAAAAUAGCCUAUUGGGAAACAUACCUUCGAGUCUCGGAAAUUGCCAAAAACUGAUCGUUUUGAACCUUUCUCAAAAUAACCUUAAUGGUACAAUACCCAAACAGCUCCUUACAAUUUUGUCUCUGUCAAUCUCUCUCAACUUAGCUAGAAACUCUUUGAUUGGGUCCUUACCUGUGGAAGUGGGCACCUUGAAAAAUCUUCAAGAACUAGAUGUUUCAGAGAACAAAUUGUCUGGCAAAAUUCCCGAAACGCUAAGCAGUUGCCAGAGCUUGGAACGCUUGUAUAUGAAAGGUAACGCCUUUCAAGGGACCAUUCCUCAGUCUUUGAGCACAUUGAGAGGCCUUGGAGAGUUAGAUUUCUCGCGAAAUAAUUUGAGUGGGGGAAUUCCCAAAUAUCUAGAGAGUUUCACUUCUUUGCACAAACUAAAUCUUUCUUUCAAUGAUUUUGAGGGACAAGUGCCCAUCCAAGGGGUGUUUGAAAGUGCAAGUGAGAUUUCAAUCAUUGGAAACAAUAAACUCUGUGGGGGUAUCCCAAAACUAGACCUACCCAAAUGCUUUGUUCCAAGAUCCAAACAGCGAAGGUCUUUAAGCAUCGAAGUGAUCAUACCAGUCAUUGUUGCCGAAGCUACGGCUGUUUAUAAAGGAAGCUUCUUUUGGGAUGGUCUAAUUGUUGCAGUGAAAGUACUUAAUCUUCAAAGACAAGGAGCUUCUAGGAGCUUCCUCACAGAAUGUGAGGCAUUGAGAAAUGUCAGGCAUCGGAAUCUCGUCAAGGUCCUAGCAUCCUGCUCAAGCAUCGAUUAUAAGGGCAAUGAUUUCAAAGCGCUAGUUUUCGAAUACAUGCCGAAUGGAAGUUUAGAGGAGUGGUUGCAUCCAGAUGUCGACGGGGAACAUCAACCAAGGACUUUGAACCUUGUUCAGAGAUUAAACAUAGCCAUUGAUGUGGCUAAUGCUCUGGAUUAUCUUCAUCACCAUUGCCAAACGCCUAUUUCUCACUGUGAUCUCAAGCCAAGUAAUGUUCUUCUUGACAAUGACAUGGUGGCGCACGUGAGUGAUUUUGGCAUCGCAAGGUUCCUUUCUGAGGCUGUCGAUGAUCGCUUCACAAAUAAAACUAACUCCAUUGCAGUAAAGGGAUCUAUUGGGUAUGUUCCCCCAGAGUACGGUAUGGGUGGCGAUGUUUCUACACUGGGUGACGUUUACAGUUAUGGAAUCCUCUUAUUGGAAAUGUUCACUGGUAAAAGGCCAACCCAAGACAUGUUUAAGGAUGGUUUAAACCUUCAUGAAUUUGUCAAGAUGGCUUUGCCGGAUCAAGUUCUGGAAAUAGCGGACCGGGGACUCUUAGAGGAACAAAAAGAAGAGCAAGAGCAAGAUCAAGAAAUAGAGGAAGAAAUAGCAUUCAGUCAUAUCAGAAGUCCGGAAGUCAAAAGAGGUAGUGUCUUUGGGUGCUUGGUUUCUUUGUUUGGUAUUGGAGUUGCAUGUUCUGUUGAAUCCCCAAGAGAACGGAUGCAGAUGAAAGAUGCAGUCAAUAAAAUGCAAGGGAUAAGGGAUAUUUUUCUUGGGGCUGGGAUCUAUAGGAAGGGAUGAAACAAGAGCCUUUGCUGAUGCGGGGCCCAUCCGUCUCACAUCAAUGUGGGCGUCAUCAGAUCAUGUCCACUGGCAAUUUGCAAAUCUCAUUUAAAUUGGAUGGUUGAAAACCACUUGUUGAGCAUGUACUUGUAAUUAAAUUGGACAUUACAGUUGUAGCCUUUUAUGGUAGCUGUCUGAGUUCAAAGUCAUGUCUGGGCUCAAUCUAUGUGCAAGUAUUACUCUUUGUUACACAGGAAUGAUUGUGCGUGUU